AUGGCGCGGAGGUGCUUCGAAUACGAAUGUGAGGCUCUGCAUGAAUGCCAGGAAAUCCUCUAUUUUCCGACGUACUACGGUCGCGCCGAGCUUCCUGGUGACGAGAAUCCGGUCAAAGCUGGUGGGCAUGUGUGGAUGAUUGCCAUGAGUGUCGCUGGCGGUACCAGCGUGGUGGGAAUGCCCACUCUCGAGUAUCUCGAGAGCCAAAUCAUCCGCGAUCAGGUGGUCGAUGCGCUGGAACACAUGCGUCUGAAGGGAUGCAUGUUCUUUAUGCAGGAGACUGAGCAGAUCUUUUAUGACCCUGCGACUGUCCUUGCGAGUGAGUAG